AUGCUUUCACAUCGAUUGAAAAACUCAGCUUGCACUUCCCAACUCCUCAAAACUAUCAAUCUCCCUUCGGCCUCUUCUCAAUUCCCAAAGCGGUCCUUUGUUUCCCAAACGCUAUUAUCCAGAACAGACUUCGAGCGAAAGACGGUGAAUGAGCUCCGUGAGGAAUUGAAGAAGCGGGGGAUUACUACCGGACCAAAGAACAGGACGAAGUCGGCUUUGAUUUCCAAAAUCUUGGAAGAUGAGCAGCAGCGAACCAGUGCCACCCCAAUAACCUCUCAAGCUCGUUCGAUUUCUACCAAGAAGGACCAGAAACCGGGACCCAUGGCAAUCAAGAUUAGUUCUCCCGCACCGAUGGUGGCUCGGGUCACAGACGAGGUGGAGAAAGACGUUCCAGUAUUGACAAAAAUAAAUAAGGCGGAAGAGAUCGCCGAAACGUCUUCCGCACUUGGAUCACCUGUUUCCAACAAACUGAGUAAAGGACAUCACGCUGAAACCUGGCCUGCGUCUGUCAACUUGCCUAUCACUCCUUUGCAAGAAAUUGAAAGCACAGCCGUUCCCUUCAUUCCCGACAAUUAUGACUCUCACCUUCAAUCCCACGCGCCCGAGAUCAAGCAGGUGCAAGGUACCUCAGGCGCUCUUGAGUUCUCGACCGCAUCUCACCCCAGCACCUUACCAGAAGGAGGUCCGACAAUUGGCACCGGAACAAAAGAUGAACCACUGUCAUCAUCGAAUGCGGAGAACAGCACUUCCUUUCUUCCAGCCCUUUCUGGUGCCAUGUCGCAAUUUCAAGAGUUAUGGCCUUCGUCUUCAAUAGCAGGCAAAGCUUCCAGCCAACCGGAUACGAAAUUUGAAUCCGAGGACCGGCCAUUGAAUGGUGAAGAACGCCAGGGACUGUAUAAAUUGCUUGGUUUAUUGUCAUUCGGAUGGCUCAUGGGUGGUGUUUUCGCACCCUCGUCACCCUCUCAGCACUGA